GGGGGCGAGGCCGGGCCGGGCCGGGAGGCUCCCGGCCAUGUCCCGCAUCGAGGCGCUGGCCCGGGCGAGGAGCGAGCGGAGCAAGGAGAGCGCGGCCAAGAGCAAGGAGAAGGAGAAGAUGAAGGAGGGCAAGGAGAAGGACGCGCGCUACACCAACGGCCACCUCUUCACCACCAUCACCGUCUCGGGGAUGACCAUGUGCUUCGCCUGCAACAAGAGCAUCACGGCCAAGGAGGCUCUCAUCUGCCCCACUUGCAAUGUCACCAUCCACAACCGCUGCAAGGACACGCUGCCCAACUGCACCAAGGUCAAGCAGAAGCAACAGAAAGCGGCGCUGCUGAAGAACAGCUCGGCGCUGCAGUCGGUCUCGCUGCGCAACAAGACUGCCAUCCGGGAGCGCCCCAACUCGGCCAUCUACCCCUCGGAGAGCUUCCGCCAGACGCUGCUGGGCCCCCGCCGCGGCCGCCCGUCGCUCUCCCUCUCCAAAAGCGUCUCCACCACCAACAUCGCGGGGACGUUGAACGAUGAGUCUCCGCUGGGGAUACGGCGCAUCCUGUCCCAGUCCACCGACUCCCUCAACAUGCGCAACCGCACGCUGUCCGUGGAGUCGCUCAUCGAUGAAGGCCCCGAUGUGAUCCUCAACCAGCUGCUGAGCGACUUCGAGACGGACGAGAAGGAUUUCGAGGCGGACUCGUGGAGCCUGGCCGUGGACAACAGCUUCCUGCAGCAGCACAAGAUGGACGUGAUGAAGCGCCAGGACGUCAUCUACGAGCUGAUCCAGACGGAGAUCCACCACGUGCGCACGCUGAAGAUCAUGGGCAGCGUGUUCCGCAGGGCCAUGCUGGAGGAGCUGCAGCUGGACCCGGGCACGGUGCAGAAAAUCUUCCCCUGCGUGGACGAGCUCAGCCAGAUCCACGAGCGCUUCCUGGCGCAGCUCCUGGAGCGCCGCCGCGACUCGCUGGCCCAGGACAGCAACAAGAACUUCGUCAUCAACCGCCUUGGGGACAUCCUCGUGGGCCAGUUCUCGGGCAGCAGCGCGGAGCAGCUGAAGAAAGCCUACUCGGAGUUCUGCAGCAGGCACACCAAGGCGGUGAAGGAGUACAAGGACCUGCUCGCCCGUGACAAGCGCUUCCAGCACUUCGUCCGGAGGAUGGCACGGUCCCCGCUGCUCCGGCGCCACGGGGUGCCCGAGUGCAUCCUGCUGGUCACGCAGAGGAUCACCAAGUACCCGGUGCUCAUCGAGCGCAUCCUGAAAAACUCCAAAGACAACGAGAGUGACUCCGCGGACCUGUCCCGAGCGCUGACGCUGGUGAAGGAGCUGAUCUCGGCCGUCAACGAGGAGGUGCACGCCUGCGAGAUGAACGCGCGGCUCUGGGACGUGUACCGGCGCGUGGACGGGCGCGCCAAGGCGCCGCUGCAGUGGGAGAGCCGCGCCGGCCUCUUCGGCAGGGACGAGCUGCUGCGGCGCAAGCUGGUGCACAGCGGCUGCAUGCUCUGGAAGACGGCGGCCGGGCGCUUCAAAGACGUCCUCGUGCUGCUGAUGACGGACGUCCUCAUUUUCCUGCAAGAGAAGGACCAGAAGUACACCUUCCCCAUGCUGGACAAGCCGGCUGUCAUCUCGCUGCAAAACCUGAUCGUGCGGGACAUCGCCAACCAGGAGAAGGGCAUGUUCCUGAUCAGCGCCGCGCCGCCCGAGAUGUACGAGGUGCACGCCGCCUCCCGCGACGACCGCAACAACUGGAUGAAGCUCAUCCAGCAGGCGGUCAGCCUCUGCCCCAGCCGCCAGGACUUCCCGCUGAUUGAGACGGAGAUCGAGGCGUCCCUGCGCAAGCUGAAAGACCGCAUCCUGCAGCACGACCGGAAGAUCGCGGCGCUGCUGGAGGAGAAGGUCGGGCUCUUCGCCGACAUGCUGGCGCUGACGAGCGGCUGCGAGGAGCCCUCGCCCACCCUGGCCCCGCGCACCCUCUUCCGCUCCGACUCGAGCGAGGGCUCGCGGGGCGAGCGCCUGAUGCACGACGCCAUCCGGGAAGUGGAGUGCCUGAAGGAGAUGUUGGCGGGCGCCGGGCGCGAGCGGGACCAGAACCACCUCGCUGAGGCCGAGAGCUGCCCCAGCCCCGGCGCGAGCAACGGUGACGCCGGCAGCUUCAACGGCGCCCCGGAGUUCUGCAGGGCGGACUCGGACGCCGGGCAGCGGGACGGGAACGGCAACCAGCUCCUGCAGCGGGCACCCCAGGAGGAGGUGAACCAGCGGCUCAUGAACCUCUACGCCCUGCUGCACGGCCUCCAGGCGGUAGUGAGCCAGCAGGACACGCUGCUGGAGCUGCGGCUGCAGGAGGGCGUCGAGCGGCGCGAGAAGCCGGCGGCGGCACCGGCGGCGACCGAAACGGCUCGGCCGGGCGAGAGACCCAGCUCGGAGCUGGCGCUGCUGCAACGGCAGCACGCCCUGCUGCAGGAGGAGCUGGCCCGCUGCCGGCAGCUCUGCCACGAGCGGGCGCAGGAGGCGGCGGGGCUGGAGGGGCGGCUGCGGGGCAGCGAGCAGGAGCGCGCGCGGCUGGAGCGCGAGCGGGACGAGGCGCAGCGGCAGCUGGCGGCGCUGCGCCAGGAGGGGGGCGGCGCGCGGGGACGCCGCGGCACCGACCCGCGCCGCAGGAGCUUGCCGGCGGGAGACGCGCUCUAUCUCAGCUUCACCCCCCCGCAGCACCUGAGCCACGGCAGCAGCCCCCCCGGCCUCUCCUUCCAGCACCACCACGCUUUUGCCACGUGCCCCCGGGACGAGCUGGAUUACCGGGGCGAGCCCCCCCGGCUGCGGGAGGGCGAGGACGCGCUGGAGGCGCUGCUGGAGGACGAGGGCUUGGGCAGCCGCCGCUCCCCCCCCGCCAGCCCCCGAGAUUUCCUGAGGAUGCAAGACAUUCCCGAGGAGGUGGAGAGCAGCCAGGAGCUGAAGGAGGGUGACGGGGGCUCCUCGGACAGUUAG